CUCCCGCUCUCGCAGGCAGUCGGUUUCUCUGUUCUGGCCGGGAACUUCUUUCCCGCAUUGUAAGAUGGCGGCGGGUUUGCCUAGCCCGGGCGCUUCCCUGGGAUCUCUUUCACUCUCUCUUUCUCUCUCGCCUGCUCUCGGCGGUAACAUAUGACUGACACAUACGCGCCCCCAUGCUCGGCUCCCUCGAUCGCAGCUGCCGAUCGCCCUCGAUCCCUGUCUCCUUUAAAUAUCCCGGCCCUUUUUGUUAAUGCGGAAUCGAGGGCUUUUGCCUCCGUUCUUGACAAGGGGCGGAAGUAUGUGGCGGCGGCCGUGUGUGAUGCAUCGAGAAUUUCGUUCUUGCACAAUCUAGAAGGAGGGUGGAGUAACCAGCUAAUGGCCGUGGUGAGGGAAGUCGGGCCGUGUUCCGAGUGGAAGCCUCGCUUGUGGUGGCGGAGGGUGCGGUUUAGGCAACUCCGUCACUCUCCUAGUUUCACUGGUGACGUUCUUGGAAUCCGAGGGGAACUUAGUGACUUGGCCCGUGACCCACCAGCGCAGUGUUCUGCAGGUCCUGUUGGAGAUGACAUGUUUCAUUGGCAAGCCACAAUUAUGGGUCCUAAUGACAGUCCAUAUCAAGGUGGUGUGUUCUUCCUGACAAUUCACUUUCCUACAGACUACCCUUUCAAACCACCUAAGGUUGCAUUUACAACAAGAAUUUAUCAUCCAAAUAUUAACAGUAAUGGCAGCAUUUGUCUCGACAUUCUAAGAUCACAGUGGUCUCCUGCUUUAACUAUUUCUAAAGUUCUCUUAUCCAUUUGUUCACUGCUAUGUGACCCAAAUCCAGAUGAUCCCUUAGUGCCAGAGAUUGCACGUAUCUAUAAAACAGACAGAGACAAGUACAAUAGGUUAGCAAGAGAGUGGACAGAGAAAUACGCUAUGCUGUAGGGUAAGACUGUCUGCACUUCAUGGUACAACAGAAUAUCUCGGGAAUGGACUCAGAAGUAUGCCAUGUGAUGCUACCUUAAAAGUCAGAAUAACCUGCAUUAUAGCUGGAAUAAACUUUAAAUUACUGUUCCUUUUUGAUUUUCUUAUCCGGCUGCUCCCCUAUCAGACCUCAUCUUUUUUUUUUUUUAUUUACCUCUAUCCAUUCAUGCACAUGCUCAUCUGAGAAGACUUUAGCUCUUCCAGCUUUGGACAAUAACUGCUUUUUAGAAUCUGUAAAGUAGUUAUACAAGAACAAUUGCCCAAGAUUCAGAAUUCUUUAAAUGGAGCAUGUGUGUUGUGGCCAAUGUCUUCACUCUAACUUGGUUAUGAGAUUGAAAUCAUUCCUCACUGCUCUAACAGUUCUACUGAAGAUAUCACCCAAAGGGAGGGGAGAUGGAUGUUUCAGAUUGCUCACAUCACAAGGAAAUAACAUUGCUGUAGCAUCAUCCAUCUUGUUUUAAAACCUUCCAGUGUUAGAGACUGAGGUUUCAUGACAUACUUGUGCUCAUAACUGGUGUGGCUGGAGAAUUGGUACAGAACUUGUAGCAUCAGCAGAACAGAACACGUGAUGUAUCUUAUGCAUGUCAAUAAAGGAAUGACCAGUUCUUGUUCUACAGAGAAUGGAAAUUGGAAGUCCAACAUCCCUUGUAUUCCAAAAUAGGGUCUCGGAACAUUUUUGUAACUCAUUUAAAUUUUGUUAGGAUGCUUGGAGCUAUUAGUUAAUCUAUCUUCCACAACAGUUUAAUAUAGCACUGAAUAAAUGAUGCAAGUUGUCAAUGGAUGAGUGAUCAACUAAUAGCUCUCCUAGUAAUUGAUUUUAUUUUCUUCAAUAAAGUUACAUAAACCAA